AUGUUAGACGGUGGGCAGUUUGUGGAGGCCCUGGGCCGUCUAGGUUAUCCUGGUGCGUCGUCACUGACGGCUUCAGAGUUCGAUUGGCUGUUUGACUGUGCCCCGGAGAACCUGCACUUCUUGAACUUCGUCUGUCGGACCCUCAACCAGAGCAAUGUCCUCACCGUGGAGGAGGCGCGUGCUUUUCAAGCACUGCAGAAGUCUGGUAAACCAAUUCUGGAUGAAGCAGCACUGUGCAAGGUCCUCAAAACUGUUGGGCCGUCAGAUGGGAGUAGUGCGAACAUCUUGGGGCCUUCCUGUUCUUCCAUAUCGUCCAUUUUUGUAGCAGAGGAAGAUGCGGCCAUAGAAGACUUGGAGGCAGAACUCCAGGCAUUGCUCAGAGAGAAAAAGUUAAAGCAAUGGCGCUAUAACAAGUUGCAAGUUAUGGCUACUUCCCGUGCAGAUGUGGACCUACAAUUUACUGCAGAGUUGGAGAACACUGCAUGUAAGCUAAAGGAGACAGGUGCUUCUAUUGGAGCCGAGAAUGCUAACACAAACUCAUUGUUGCAAAACCUAACAGACGAGGUGAGCAAACUUUCUUCGUAUCUCCCAAACCUGCCAGAAGCCCAGCAAAAAAAGAAAGGGGAACCUGUGGUUCAGUCAAACCCCUCUGUCACCCAAAGGCCCCCUGUCCUCCUUUCUCAAAUGUCCUUGGAUCCCUACCUGCAUCAGGAGGAGUGUAACACUAAAACACUUGCGGCCUUCACAAAGCAUUUUUUCCAGGGCAUAUCAGACAUUGUUGAGACUUCAUGCUCUGAGCGCUUCCAGGUCCUUGACCUCAGUUCUUGUGAUGAUGGAGAUGCGAAUGAGAGUGAACGUAAUGGGACGGAGAGAGAGAAACAGGUAGUGGAGAAUAGGAGGAUAGAGAUGGCCAGACUUCAGUGGGCUCAUAUCGUGGCUCAGCAUCAGCUGAUGCAGGCCAUGGCAGAGGAGAAGAGUGUCAGGUCUGGCCUGCACUGGCUCUCUGAACAGUCUUCUCAUAUCAAGAGCAUUUCCACUUCCUCCUCACUGCAUGUGCGUGAAGUUGUGUCCAGAAAAGAGCUACAGGCUGUGGAAGCUGAGCUGGAAGCUCUGCUUCAUGGACCAGUACCUACUGCUCUUAGGGAGUCAGCCAGAUUGCUUAACGUGCCAGUAGUGAGGGGGGACCUGGAUCUACAGCUGGCCAGGCAGGAUUACUACACCUCCAGACAGGACCAGGUACGAGACUAUUUACUCCGCCAGAAAGCGUCCUUUGACUUGGUCCUUCUGGCUCAGGAAAUGGAGUUGAGGAGAUGGAGGAUAUGUCAGAAGCAGCUGGGAGAAGUUAACAGCAGACUGGUGAAGGAAGGUGAAGCGUCCUCCCUUAGGAUUGAGUCCCUGGCACACCCUGACCUGGCCAUCAACCCGAGACCCAACCCUAUCAUUAGCUGCAGGGAUUCAGCGUUCAGUAGACUGCUGCAGAUCCUUUGUCACGACUCAGACCACAGUCGAUCAGAGCCUUUUCGGACGUACGAAGCAUUGGACACGGCAGCUCGUGAUCUUGCGUCGAGCCUCCAGUUAACCCGAGAUGCUCUAGCCGGUGCCGGCCGUGAGCAGAACUACACAGCAGCUCGUCUUUAUGGCGACUGUGAGGCGCUCCACAGAGCCAUGUACACAGAGCUCCAGCAGCUGGUCUUGGGGCCACAGGAGCUGACGGUAAAGCUUGUGGAAUCCGAGUCUCAGUUGCACAGUUUGCAGCAAGUAAUGCAAGAAAUCCUGAAUGAAGUUAAAACCAAGCGCUCUCAGCUGGAGCGCAACGCCCUCCUCAGGCGCGAGCGGGAAUUGUACAUUUACUUCCAUUUGGAUGCCCGGCUACUGCAGAAAAUAGUGGAGGAUCUGGAGGGCAAGCAAACUGCAAAGAAAGGGCAACAGUAA